AUGGAAACAAGCAACGGAAGUUUCGAGACAGACUUCAUCCUUCUGGGAUUUUCUGAUCGACCACAGUUAGAACGCAUCAUCUCUGCAGUUGUCUUCAUCUUCUAUGUCGUGACUUUGGUAGGAAACACAACCAUCAUCCUUGUGUCUUAUCUAGAUGCCCAGCUCCAUACUCCCAUGUAUUUUUUCUUAUCCAAUCUGUCUUUUCUGGACCUCUGUUAUACAACUAGCAUUAUCCCCCAGAUGCUGGUAAAUCUAUGGGGUCCAAAGAAAUCUAUUACCUAUGGAGGGUGUGUGCUCCAGUUCUUCUUUGCCCUUGACUUGGGAGCCACAGAAUGUCUUCUCUUGGCUGUGAUGGCCUAUGACCGCUAUGCUGCUGUCUGUCAACCUCUUCACUACACAGUAAUCAUGCACCCUCAGCUAUGCCAGAGGAUGGUGCUGACUGCCUGGUUGGGUGGUCUUGGCAGUGCCUUAAUUGUUUGUUCCUUGACUUUGAAGUUACCAAGAUGUGGGCACAGGAAAGUGGAUAAUUUUUUCUGUGAGAUGCCAGCUUUGAUCAAGAUGGCUUGUGUUUAUUCAAAAGUAAUUGAGAUUGUUGUUUUUGCUCUCGGAGUAAUCAUUCUAUUAACACCGCUAUUACUUAUUCUCAUCUCAUAUGGAGUCAUCGCUCAAGCUGUAAUGAGGAUCAAGUCAGCAGCAAAGUGGCGUAAGGUUCUAAAUACAUGUGGUUCCCACCUCACCGUAGUAACCCUGUUUUAUGGGACAAUCAUUUAUAUGUACAUGAAGCCACAGAAUAAGAUAUCUCAAGAUGAAGGGAAGUUCUUCACUCUCUUUUACACAAUUGUCACACCCAGUCUUAAUCCUCUGAUUUACACUUUAAGAAACAAAGAUGUGAAGAAUGCAGUGAAGAGAAUACUGAGGAUAGGAAAAAGUUCAACCAAGACAUUAGUUAGAUAG